GUUCGGAACCCCUCCCCCACCGCGGGCGCUCGGAGCCCGUUCCUGUCCCCGCACAGUUCUCCCUCCCUGGUUCCCACCAGGGAUGGCGGCGCGGACUCCGGCGGGCGCCUUGGUCCUGGCGCUCUGGGUUUGGUCGCUGGCUCCGGCGGGGGCGCUGGACGCCAUGGGCCCUCACGCGGCGGUCCGUCUGGCCGAGCUGCUGACCCCGGAGGAGUGCGGCCAUUUCCGGUCGCUCCUGGAGGCGCCCGAGCCCGACGUGGAGGCCGAGCUGUCCCGGCUUUCUGAAGACCGGCUGGCGCGGCCGGAGCCGCUCAACACCACGUCGGGGUCUCCGAGCCGGCGGCGGCGGCGGCGGCGGCAAGAGGCGGCCGAGGACCGGGCGGGCGGGGCGGCAGGGUCCGGGGAGGUCUCCGAUGGCUGCCGGGAGGCGCUGGCGGCCUGGCUGGCCCCCCGGGCCGUGUCCCUGUCCUGGGACCGCCUGGCUCGGGCCCUGCGGCGCAGCGGCCGCCCCGACGUGGCCAGGGAGCUGAGCAAGAACCUCCACCAGCAGGCGACGCUGCAGCUGCGCAAAUUCGGGCAGCGCUUCCUGCCUCCUCCCGGCGCCGCCGCCCGACCGCCCGAUCCCUCGGCCUCGCGCCCCGGGCGCGCCGCAGUCCAAGCGCUGGACUGGGACGCGCUGGAGCUGAUCGUGGAGCGCCAGCCUCUGCCCCGGUACAAGCGGAGCCCCACGGCUUGGGCGGGGCCGCUGGCGCUCGGCCUUCUCACCGGCUUCUUGGGGGCGCUGAGCACCGGGGCGCUGCUCGUCCUGCUCACGCUGUGGAUCACGGGCGGCGACGGCGACCAGGCGUGGCCCGCCAGCUCCCGCCCGCCCGCCACGGUGCAGGGCUGGUGGGAAACAAAGCCGCUCCUUCCUAAAUAGCGGCGCGCGGCCCCUGGAAGCCUGGCUGCAGAUGCGCCAGAUCCUCCCUCACCCAGUGCCCUUGCCCUCAGCGGUAAAAUGGAAGCAAAGUCCUGCGUGAGUGGUGCUUUGGACGGUUUAUAAACGUUAUGAAAUACCGAAAGGACAGAGCAGUUUUUUAAUCCGUUGGAAGGGAGCGGCGUCACCCGUGGGACUGCCGGUGGAAGAGGGGCUCCGGUGCCAGUCUCCCAGAGUGGCAGGCACACCGCCCAAUUUUUGUCAGCUUAGUUCCUUUUUUUUUUUUUUUUUGAGACGGAUCCUCGCUCUGUUGCCCAGGCUGAGGGCAGUGGUGCAAUCUCUGCUCACUGAAACUUCUGCCUCCCAGGUUCAAGGAUUCAAGCGAUUCUCCUGCCUCAGCUUCCCUAGUAGCUGGGUCUACAGGCACGCGCCACCACAACCCGCUAAUUUUUGUGUUUUUAGUAGAGAUGGGGUUUCGCCUUGUUGGCCAAGCUGGUCUCCAACUCCUGGGCUCAAGUGAUCCGCCUGCCUGGCCUCCCAGAGUGCUGGGAUUCCAGGCGUGAGCCACCGCGCCGGGCAGAUUCCUUCUGAGCUUGCAAUUAUUCUUCCACGAAGAGCUACCACUUACUGAGCACGGCGUGCCAGGCCUCAUGCCAAGCAGUUACAUACAUUAUUUGAUGUACUCUUCAAAACCCAAGAAGGAAGGUAUUACUCCAUCACACAUGCGUAAACUCUGCCACAGCUCGUUAGUGGCAUAGUCAUGUUCUCGAACUUAUGGCCACCUGACCUGAAAGUUUGAGCUCAGAAGGAAAGGUGUGUGCGCGAUAAGGGGCUUGAAAAACAUGAUGGGGACCAGAACAAGAUGUGCAGCGCCCCGUCGGGGCUACUUUAGGGCCCUGCUGGAGUGUGCGGAAGCAGCACCAUUAGAAAGGGGUGUGCCCACGUGCAGGGCGCCGCCUCCAAGGUGCUGCCCCCCUCAGGCAAGGCCUCCUGACAGGCUGAGUGGAGUCCUGAACCUUUCCCACACACCUGGGAGUGGCUAGGGCACUGCCAGCCCCGGUGAGCCUUCGGGCAGACUCUGUCCCCGCCAUAGGACAGAGUGGGGUCCUACGAGGUGAUGGUGCCUGUUCACCCUGGGCUUCAGUGUGAGGGGCAAUGACAGAAUGACAGGCCAGUCCAAGAGGAGAGUU